AUGGACUCACAGAGACAGAAACGAAGGAAAGAAAUAAAAGAAGCACUGAAUUUCAUCCAGUCCUCAGUGACAUAUCCGGAUUCUGAAGGCUACAAGGACUUCCUGAUCCACUUAAUAUGCGACCUUCUUGAGGAGGGCAACAGCUGGUUCAGAGAUGGCCAAUGGAAGGAGGCAGUGAGGGAGUUCAGCGAAGGCGUGAAUGUUGCUCAUUAUGUCAAAGUAGAGGGAUUCCAGAUUCCUCCGGCUUUAUUAGAGAGUCUAUAUAUUAACCGAGCGGCUGCCUACGUUAGCAUGGAGGAAUUCGAUAAUGGUGUGAAGGACUGUGACAAAGCUCUGGAGUUGUUUAAGAAAAGUCACAAGACGCUCUACUUGAAGGCUGUUUGUUUGAAAAAUCUUGGCAAGUACAAGGAGGCUUACGACUGCACAAGUAAAUGUCUUCUCAUCUCCAUUCAGGACAAACGGGUGACUGAACUCGCGGAGGAACUUGGGGAACGUCUGGGGCUGAAAAAACGAAAACCUUAUGUGCCUUCUCAUGCAGAAAAUGCCACAGCCCCUUUAAAUGAUACUGCACCAGGACAUAAUGGGCAUCGGUCUGCUGUUUCAAACUUGGACCAACUGGACACUUUAGAGGAAGACUGUGAGCUGAUAGGAGAUGACUUGGACGAUCAGCUGGACUAUGUCCCUUGUGGAGCUGCAGCUGCAUUGAAUUAUGCUAAAGAAGGAGACUCACUUCCCAGCAGGGUGCAUCCUUUGAUAGAGCCUGGUCCAAGGCCUCAACUACCCCCAGGCUUCUUCAACUCAUCUGUUAGGCAGUUUAAGACCGGCCACAACUCAAUGGAUGCCCUGGAUGACCUCUCAUCUCCACAGGGACCGCAUUCCUCAGAUAACAUCCCGGGGGUUGCAGAGGGCACAACGUUGAAGACAACAGUGCUAGAUUCCCUCGAUAACCUUUUUUUGAAGUCUCCUUGCGAUCUAGCUGUAGAAACCAAUCUGUCCAUAACAGACCCGGAAAAAUUAGAAAAGUCACUUGUUGAUUUACUUGGGUCUGGUGUGCACCAGCUGGACUCCCUGGAUACCUUCGAUUCAUUUCCUCCAACGAAAGUUGAACCUACUUCUCGCUGUGUCUGUUCUGAAAAAAAGCAAUCCCCAAUGCUUAAGGACAAACAGAGUAAUACACCAACUCCGAUCUCCAAUCCUCUGGCUGCUACUCAUGAGUUUAUGCAGGCCUGUUUCAUUUGCUACGCUCGCUUAGGUCAAGGGGUAACGAGCUUUGUUCACAAGCCUGAACUCGUUCACAACUGUAAGCGAGACGUUCUCUUGUGUAGACGAAAGGCAGAUUUUCCUUUGGCGUGGACAAGAGUGCGACAGCCCCCUACGUGGACUUCCUUCACUGGACCAUUUGUUCUUUGUAAAGAGCUCCUGAUGUCUGGAGAUUUGGGCCUCUGUAAGUUCGGGGAAAAGUGCACAUUUGCCUUCAACCAAAUGGAAAUCGAUGUUUGGACCGAGGAGAGGAAGGGGACGCUGGACAGAAAUCUGCUGUUUGGGCCAUCUCGUGUUGACAAUGUUGACCCUGUGAAUAGCAUUAUACGCCUUCUACAGGAACACAAGGGCAUGUUUAUAUUCCUCUGUCAGGAAUGCUAUGACCGUAAACCUCGUUUUAUUAGUAAGCGCUGCAGAGACAAUCCCACUCUGUGCUCUAACUCGAAUGUCCGCCACUCCUUUGAUGCCAAUAAAUGUUUAGCAUUUGUAGUGACGACAGGCAAUUUCAACUAUAGAAAAGUACGCCCGCUCAACGUGCUAGCCCGCUUUGAAUUAUGCAGCCAAGCCAUUAGCGAUGGAUGCCUCGGGGAGUACAAGUGCCUUAAUGCUCACUCGGUCAUUGAGCUACAAACCUGGCGGGUGCAGCGGAGUUCAGGUAUCACCCCUGAUGAGAUUGUUAAAGUCUCGACAAAUUAUCAUGAACAAGAGGAGAUGAACACAAGAAAAAGGAAUUCAAGUAAAAUGGCUUCUGCUGCUACAAAUAGUGUUGGCGCAUCUAAUGGCAAGAGUUUGAACAUGAACAUGAAGAUGAAAUUUGUCUGUGCUAAGUGCUUUCAAAACGGCCUGGUCUCUACGCCGGACAGAGCUCUCAAGUAUUGCUCUGCCAAGGCCAAGCACACGUGGACAAAAGAGCAAAACACCCUGCUCGUGAAGUCCUUGGAGAAGACUAACUGGGUUCCUGUCAGACCGGUUCCAUAUAAAACUAAGCAUUUCCCUUUAAAAUAUGAAUUGUGCACCCGGAUGAUGGAGAAAAAAAAAUGCACCUACAGCGGAAAUUGUCCUUUCGCCCACAGUGAAGAGGAAAAGGAAAUGUGGAUGUAUAUGAAGACUAAAGAGUACUUUGAAAUGCAGCAGAUGUACGACAUAUGGCUGACAUUAAGCUUACACAAUCACAAGGGACACGGAGACACACCAACUCAGGAUAUCUCAGAAGAAAAAGACAUUGCCAUGCCAACAGACAACGCUGAACAAAUGUUUGGCUUGUACUGCCCUCUGUGUCAGAGGCACAGUAAUGGCGAACGACAGUGGCUGCAACACAUCUCCACUAAAAAGCACAAGGAGCGCCUGUUCAGUUGUGAGCAAGAUGAUGAGGCUUUGAAGUGGAGCUACCGCUUUCCAGGGGCAUUCUUUGAGCUGUGCACCAAGUCAGAAGGUGACUGCCCAGAUGGAGCAAGUUGUGACUUUGCUCACAGUCCAGAGGAGUUGCAGGAAUGGAAAGACAGACGGUGUUUCCUGCGUCGCAAGUUGGCCAGUGCUAAGAAAGACCGUCUCAUCAUGCCUGAUGACGUUGACUUUGGAAAAUACAACUUUAUACUUCAAGACUAA